AUGGCUGACGAUAAUGAAAGCUCUAGCUCAUUUCCAAUUGGGGAAACUGCACAAGAGAAGGGGCUGUCCUAUGUCCCAAAGUGUUACAUGAUGCCACCUUCACAACGGCCUAGUUUGAUGUCCGAGUUUGCAAAAGUCCCUGUGGUUGAUUUGGCUGGUAUAACGAGCUAUGAUAAUCGCCUACAAAGAUCAAUAAUCAUCGGAAAUAUUGCUAAUGCUUGUCGCCACAAUGGUUUCUUUCACGUUAUCAACCACGGAAUAUCCCAGGCUAUAUUAGAUGAAGCACUUUCAGCUGCCUUUGGUUUCUUCGACCUGCCUACUGAGGACAAAGAAAAAUUUAUGUCGAAUGAUGUGUACAAGCCUGUUCGAUAUGGCACGAGCUUGAAGGACAGUGAAGAUAAGGUUCAGUUCUGGAGGGUCUUCCUUAAGCACUAUGCAAAUCCUCUUAACGAUUGGAUUAAACUGUGGCCUGAAAAUCCACCAGACUACAGGGAAAAGAUGGGUAAAUAUACAGAGGAAGUACAAAAGUUAGCCAUUAAGAUCAUGGGCAUAAUCACUGAAGGCCUAGGACUUGGUCCAACAUAUCUAAGCCAAAAUUUUCAAGAUGGAGUGAAUGUAAUUGCCGUCAAUUGUUAUCCUCCAUGUCCACAACCAGGCCUUGCACUUGGUCUCCCCCCACAUUCAGAUUACAGUAUCCUUACAAUUGUCCUCCAAAGCUCAGUAGGAUUAGAAAUUUUAGACACACAAAAUAUUGAAUGGAGGGCAGUUCAACAUCUUCAGGGUACAUUACAAGUCCAUGUAGGUGACCAUCUUGAAGUACUAAGCAAUGGCUUGUAUAAAAGUGUGGUACACAGAGUUACUUUAAACUCUCAAAAGACAAGAAUUUCAGUUUCUAGUUUGCAUAGCUUGGGAAUGGAUGAGAAAAUGGAGACAGCUAAAGAGUUAGUGGAUGAAGACUAUCCAAACAAGUAUAAAGAAAGCAGCUUCUCAGAUUUUCUCAAAUUUCUGCAUGAGAAUGAUAUUGGACAAGGGAGUAGCUUCCUCUUGACGCUCAAGAACAACUAGUAUCUUGGAUUGAAGAGGUCUUGGACUAAAUAUGGAGUUAAAAACAGAGCAAUAAUUUGUAUAAUGAGUUUAAUUAGCAAGAUCAUCUUUGUUUGUUUGUUGUUGUUUCUUCCAAAAUUUGAGAAGCUGCUUUCUUUAUACCUCAAUG